AUGAGGUCUCUUUCAUUGAUCAUCUUGCCAUCUCUACUCUAUCUCCUAUCUACAUUAACAUCCGUUGCCGCCGUCACAGUCGACUACAAAAACUACAAAACCUCAAAAGGCGACAAACUUCCCAACUUUAGCUAUGCUGGCUACCAUGCCUCCGAGAAAUCCCUACCCGCAUCCAAUAGCAAAGUAACCAAAACGCUCAGUCCAGGUAGCGGUGACCAAACCGCCGCCAUCCAAGCCGCACUUGACUCCGUCUGGAAGGCUGGCGGCGGCGUCGUUGCGCUCAAAGCGGGCAAAUACGCCAUUACCCCCGGCCUGGUGAUCCGCAACUACACGACUCUCCGAGGAGCUGGGGUUGGUAAAACGAUCCUGAACGUGAAGAGUCUGUCGGGAGAUGUGAUCACUAUCGGUGACCAGACGGGAAAAGGAAAGGCGAUCAAAACAGCGUUGAUCACAGACAGCUACAUAGCUGCAGGCACAGGUACAGUGCAUGUCGUGGAUGCAUCUGGGUUUGCAGUUGGUCAGGAAGUCAUGGUGCAGAGGCAGGUUACGAAAUCGUGGAUCGCAGAGCUGGGAAUGAAUGCGCUCGUGAGGAGCGGGAAGAUACAGACUUGGAUCAAACCCGGCACCCUUGUGCAACAACCCCGAAAGAUCGCCUCGAUCCACGGCAAAGCCAUCUCCGUCGACGUCCCCUUCACCGACUCCCUCAUCCCCGCCUGGUCCCCCCAACUCGUCGCCUACACGCCUCCAUCCCAGCCCUCCGAAAUCGGCCUCGAGUCACUCAGUCUCACCCUCUCUCCCAGCUGCUCCGGCCGCAUUCUCAGUGACACCACUUGCACCGCCAACGCCCUCCUCAUCGGCACCUGGUCGACUGACAGCUGGAUCCGCGACCUUGCACUCACAGGCUUCAACAACUUUAUCACAGUCGCUUACAAUGCCUCCCGCAUCACUCUGUCGAACAUAGCCAUGCACCGAGAUGGCGCGACGGACAAUGGUGCGGGGUACGCGCUCGACGUGUCGCUCGAUGGAAGCCAGGUGCUUGUUGAGAACUGCAGUACGCAAGGCGCGGCGGACUCGCGGUCGUAUUCUGUAGCAACGAAGGCGCUGACGCCGGGGCCGAAUGCGGUGUUGAACUACGUCCACGAGCAGGCUGUUGAAAGCAUCGAGCCGCACAUGCGGUGGGCGCAUGGGCUGCUGGUUGAGAACCAGGAGGGUGGGGCGCUGAGUUUGAGGAACAGAGCGACGGCGGGCACUGGGCAUGGGUGGACAGUUAAUAACGCUGUUGGCUGGAACGUGAACGCAAAGAAACUGGAUAUCGAGUCCCCCGCCGGCGGCCAGAACUACUGCUUCGGCUGCAUCGGGACGCCCGUGAGCGGAAAUAAUGGGACGUAUGUGAGUACUUGCACUCACGUCGAGCCAAAGAGUUUGUUUGCGGCGCAGCUGGCGGAUAGGGGGUUUGAUGCUUCGAAGCUGGGUAUUUGAAGACGAAGGAGUAGAAGUAAAAGAUGC